AUGCAACAAACAAUUGAUCUUGAAAACAACUCAGUCACAUUUGCAAAUAAUCCUAAUAUAAAUCAACAGAAUAAGACAUCAACCUCUGACUUGGAACAAGGUACAUCAAGUGGAUCAUCACCAGCAUUAUCAAGACAAGAAACAUAUCUAACAACAAUAGAAUCACAAUCUGAUACACAUGACAUUACCUUGAUAAAUCGAGAUUUUAAAUCUAAGGAUGAAAUACCUGUGAUGGGAAACAACAAACCAUUUCCACCACCUUUACCUAAACAAUCCCUUUAUAAAGUUUCUUUCGAUGGGCAAAAUGAUCCUACCCACCCGUUUAAUUGGAAAUUAACAACAAAAUUAUAUAUAUCGGCAGCUUGUUGUGUUGCUUCAGUUGCAGUUACCUUAGGUUCAGCUAUGUUUGCAGCCUCACAACCAGCACUUAUGGAAAUAUUUAAUAUUGGAUGGACUCCUAGUGCUUUAGCCACAUCAUUGUUUGUAUUUGGUUUUGCAUCUGGACCUAUAAUUUGGGGACCAGCAUCAGAAAUAUAUGGUAGAAAAUUGCCCUUACUAAUAUCAUGUUUUGGAUUCGUUUGCUUUUCAUUCGCUGUAGCAACGGCAAAAGAUAUUCAAACAAUAAUGCUUUGCAGAUUCUUUGCAGGUUUUGUUGGAAGUGCACCUUUAGUUGUUGUCCCAGCUAUCUUUGCUGAUAUUUUUGAUGCUGAAACACGAUCAAAGGCAUUGGGAAUAUUUAGUAUGUUGCUUAUGGGAGGUCCUCUUGUUGCGCCAGUUCUCGGAGGGUUUACCAUUAAAAAUAGUGACUUGGGAUGGAGAUGGAAUGGCUAUUUUAUUGCUAUAGUUGGUUCAUUUGGAUUGGUAUUAUGUGCAUUCAUUCCUGAAACUUUAGCUGAUGUGAUUUUAAUCGAUAAAGCUGUCAAAUUAAGAAACAAAACUGGAAUUUGGGGUAUAUAUGCUCCACAUGAAAAUCUCAAACUAUCAAUUAAAGAAAUUUGUCAAAGUCAAAUAACUAGACCAAUUGUUAUGUUAUUUACAGAACCAAUUUUAUUUUUAAUUUCAUUAUACAAUGCUUUUGUUUAUGGUAUCUUAUAUUUAUUCCUAACAGUUAUUCCAAUGAUUUUUACUGGAACUUAUGGAUGGUCUCAUGGAGUUGGGGAAUUGCCUUAUUUAGCUAUGUUCGUUGGUACUAUAUUUGGUGGUAUUGUUGUUUUUCUUUUUGAAUUAAGGUCAAAAAGAAUUAUGAAGGAAAAUAAUGGUAUUGUUGCACCGGAGGUGAAAUUACUUCCAAUGAUGGUCGGAUCUGUUGCAUUCACAAUAGGUAUAUUCUGGUUAGGUUGGGCUGGAGGCUUUGGUACAAAAGUUCAUUGGAUUGUUCCAGUUUUGGGAACGGUCCCAAUCGGUGUAGGCUUGAUAGCUAUUUUUUUACCUUGUUUGAUUUAUUUGGUUGAUUGUUACAUUUUUUAUUCAGCAAGUGCCAUUGCAGCUAAUACAUUUUUAAGAUCUUCAUUCGGAGGUAUAUUUCCUAUAGUAUCUAAACAAUUAUUUGAAAAUUUGGAAAUUAAAUGGGCUAGUACUUUAAUUGGUUGUAUUUCCGCGAUUUUGGUUCCCGUUCCAUUUUUAUUUUAUUUUUAUGGUAAGGAAUUAAGAAGAAGAUCCAAAUAUUGUGCAAGUUUUGAGGAAGUAAGUAUUGAAACCAAACAACAACAAUUGAUAUCCGAACAAACAACCUUGAAUGCUCUUGAAUGA